AUGCUGCGACGGGCCAGCCUCCGUCGUCGAACUCCCUCUGGCGACUCGACGACCGUGCGCGUUGAUGAAACGGCGCCGAAAGCAACGACUCCCACACCAUCUUCUCGAGCCAAUGCCAUGUCGAGGACGUCUUCUGCUGUAGCUUCAGCGCCUGUCGCUGCUACUGUCGCACCAUCCCUUUCCGCCACGACGCCAACGCCGGCGGGCGACGCGCCUGCUUCAUCAGGUCGUCUGUCACGCUUCUUCGGGCGCAGGAAGUCAUUCUCCGGUCCCGUUGGUGCCCUUCACAAACCUGAUUUGAUGGCCGACCCGGUUCCUGUGCUACGAGAUGCAAGCGCUUCCCUCAAUAAACGCUCUCCUCCGCUGGCCAUCAUCUCUGCCGACUGGCGAGAGGCACCAGACGCGACGAAGCCAGCUCCCGGCCUCAUUCAUAGCGGAGCGCCGGCUCCGCCUCCAGCCACCUCACCAUCCGAUACCGCCGCCGGACCCUCAGCCAACAUUGGUGCCGCCACGGUGAAAGCACAGCGGGAAUCAGCAGACGGCCAGAGCUGCAAAUUCUCUGCUUUUUCCUUUCCUGCCCUCCCCUACGAAUCAUCGCAAGAAGCAUCAUCGGCGCCGGAUCCGUCUCGCCAGAAACAGACAAAGCAUUCGACGAGUCGCUCCGUGCCCUUGGCAUCCUUGCCUACCUCAAGUGUCAUUCCGCUCUCUCAAUCUCAAACGGUCGCAGACGAUGCCGCAAUGCCGCCGCCGCAGCCCCGUCCCACCCGUGGUCGAAGUCUCAGCUUCAGUCUCAGUCACAGGAAGAGCAGCAAGAGUCUCUCAAUGAUCGGUCACAUGUUCGGCAGCAGCAGCCACGUUCCAGAUUCCGUGUCAUCGUCACCUCCUCUCCCAGCCGACGCUUCGACACUGAGCCAGAGAUACCCAGCUGCUGAAAGUCGCUCGAGUCAUUCAAACGAGCCGACCGCUUCUAGCCAUUCGCGCAGGCCUUCACUGCGGGAUCGGCUCAAACUAGGACGCGGCGCAGCAGGUCAGGGACCGCAGCGGCCUUCAACACCCGAAAUUGAAAGCUGGAAGCAAAAGCUUGCUGAGGUCCCCGCCCAUGCUGAAAGGUCUGACACAGAGCGCAAGUCGCCGGCUAGCAUCCAGGAUGUCUCCCAACCCAAGUCCGCCGAUUCACCCGUCAAAAUCGUUCGAUCCAGGAGCGCCAUCAGGCGUAAGCCUCCUCCCGAGAUCAAGCAAGAAGACAUUGACAGUAGCUCCAGUACUCCCGUGUACAGCAAGGCCUUUCGCACCCUCGAUGUCGAUCAUCGCGACGCUUCGCCGCUCGGCGGCAGCCCCGCCUCGUCGCCUGAGCUUGCCUUUUCUUCGAUGACAAGCCCACAUCGAAGGAAGUCCUCACCUCAGUCCAGCUCGCGAGACGUUUCCGUCCGGCGUGAUGAGGCCGCUGCGAACGUCCUUGGCCUCAUUGGCGCCCCUUCGGAAGCUUCGAAGCUCCUCGACACGCAUGGCCCAAGCAUCGAUGUUCAACCGAGCACACCUUCGCGCAAGGCCUCGCCUAAAGCUGUGAUCGAUCAGAGUUCACCGAUGUCGGUCUCGACUCAGCAGAACCUCGCACCUGCUUCAUCAUCCUCCCUGCUUCAGAGACGCCGAACGUCGGCUGCGCCUAGCGUUGCUGACACCUCUGCGUCGCUCGACAGGCCGUGGUCGCUGAUCAGCUCCAGCGAGGCUGAUACACCGCUCCUCAAGCUGCGCAAGCUCGUUGUCAACACCGACACCGACGCCUCCGACGACAACCGCGAAGAUGACCAUGUCAGCAACGGUCUCUUCUUCCGUCCUGUUGUCGGACCUUCUAACAACGCGGUUGGCUCUGACGAGCAGAUGACACGCGAUCUCACACCGAUCGGAAGUACACAAGAGGGUGAGUUAGAGCAGCUGCGAUCGGCCUCGCAGACCACGGUGCUGUCUGACACCAAACACGAGGUCAGAUCGGUCCCCUCCUCUGCUGCCAGUACCAUUCGCGUGCGUGCCGCUGGGAAAGCCCCAACCCAGCUCAGUCUCUCCAGUGCUGCCUCUGAGGCGUCCCACACUUCCACUGUGAGAUACGCAAGUGUACCUUCCGCGCUUGGGCAGUCGACUCAGCCAACGUCGGAAGUGCCCAUGACCGUCGAUGCCGCAGGUCCGGAAGCUGACAUGGUGGGGCCCCUGCCGGCGAAAAGCCCCGUUGCAUCGCAGCAUUCGCUGCGCGGCCGCCAGCACCGACGAGACGGAUCCGUGGGAUCCACGUACAGCCAAACGACGAUCCAGCAGGCACGACGAUCGAGCACCGCUUCUCGUAUCACGGCGCGUAGCAGCGGCCAAUGGAGCGAAAGUCGACUUUCCGAGGAUGCCUUGAGCGUUCUGGAGGCUGAAGUGGGUCAAGCUAGGCGUGCAGAGGUGGUAGCGCUUGGUAAGGGAAGAGUCCAGGACUGGGUUGGUGGAGGUGGCGCCGAUCGACCGCUUCCAACCGCCGAGGCGCCGACGCUCUCUCGCAGUAACACCCUUCGCAAGAUUGCACAACACGCAUCGACUGGGGAUGUGGAAACACACGUCGACCAACGAGAAGCUCAACGUCAAAGGACACUCAACGAGCAUCUCGAUCGUAGGCUGCAGCAGCUGUCGGAUUCCCAGCUCGUGCCGAAUGCAUCCGCUUCGCACCUCCGUGUGCCGAAGCAAAAUCCUCAAGCUGCGAGCUCGCCACAGCACCAAGGUGCGGCUGCGAUGGAAUCCUCGACAAGCGCAAGUCGAUCUGCUCCCACCUCGGCGACAUCUGAUGGCCCGCGCUUUGCGAGACUCUCCGCUUUCCACGACCGCAAGCAUCCCGAAGACUCGCAGCGCCUAGCGCCGCAAGAUGCGGCGCUCGUUGCGUCAGCUUCCAACCAGUCGAUGGAGGAGGCGAUUCGUCUCGGACGGGCACCUUCCAAGCGUGUCCGCCGCGAUGCCAGCGAGACUCGAAGUAUCGGUGAGGCCGUCAUGGUGCAGCGCGAAUCAGGCGCACGACACCCUCGACGCUCAGCGUCCCUGUCGUCCAAGAAAACGGCCCAUGCAAUCGACCAGCUCAACCCGACCUUGGCGCCCGUUUUGCCAUUCGUACCUAUGGCGAAUGCGCAGACCUUGAACGACCAGCAAGAAGCGCCGGCGCCGAUUCGGCAGGACGAUGAAAAGGCACAGGACGACAGCAAGAAGCAUGCCAAGCAACGCACGUAUGCGACUUCCGAGGAAGCGGUACGAGCCAAGCAGCUGGAGCUGAUCAACAGAGAGAGACGACUCGCCGAGAAGGAGGCCAGACACCAAGCUUAUCUUCAGCAAAAGUAUGCUCACAAGAAGCAGAAUGAUCCGCUCCUGGCAGCACGACUGGCUCUGGUCGGACUCGAGCCCCGCGAAGCUGUGCCACAAGUCGACGGCGAGCAUGCCGCAAUCACAGCAAAAGAAGCGGACACUGGCGCACGCGGCGGCGGCUUGCAGCCUCCUGCUGUGCCCGAGAGACGAGCUUCGUCGCGUCUUUCGAUUCCUCGCUCGUCGAUGGUGCGCAAGAACUCGGACACGGGGAGCGUCGCCUCCUUCCACACUGCGACCGAUGCUCCCGUCGCCGCGGUGCGUCCGGACACCUCGAACAGCAUCGCAUCGUCGCUGGCUGUGGACUUUGACUUCCCCGAGCCUCCUCGGCGGAUGACUGAACAGCUGUCGGACGACGGUACAGUGCUCAGCCGUGCCGGGUUGCAGCAUUCGCCACUCGGGCAGCGAUGGAAGGGACGUCGACACUAUGCUCGCGAAGACCAACGCUCGCAAACACCUCCGCUGCGUGACUCGAGCCUGCGCCACCGCGUUGAUGGCGAUGGGAGGGUUCACACACGCGCAGCUUUGCUCUUCUCAAAUGACACGGAUGCAAAGCCAGUGAUGUCGGCUUCUCAGUCCAUGCCAAGGCUGAUCGCGGUGCCAUCACUGGACUCCGCCCAACAAACCGCCACGCUACGACGAUCGCGAUCGGUGGGAUACGCCAGCCGCGACUUGCGCAAACUGACACGAGAGCAGAUGAUGCAGGACGCCUUGAACCAUCCCAGCCCUCCGGCCGUCCAUCGCGAGUUGCACAGCUUGCAGUAUGGGCAGGCGAAGGGGUUGGGUAUUGAGAUGGCAGACAACUCGAGCGCCUCAGGAAGGUACUCGAACGUCGCCACUCCAAGACAGCCUAUCGCCGCUUAA